CCUAACAGCGGACAUGAUGAACUGAGACAAAGACUGCUCUCUUUAGAGCCUGACCGGUUCGCUGGUGCUGUUCCACACACCACACGAAAGCCCCGUGCACAUGAGGUCAACGGCAGGGAGUACAAUUUUGUAUCACGACAGAGCUUUGAAUCUGACCUGGCUGCAGGGAAGUUCACAGAGUCUGGCGAGUUUGAACAGAACCUGUACGGCACAAACACGGAUUCAGUCGGACAAGUUGUCAACUCAGGAAAAAUCUGUUUGCUGUGUCUGCAUCCCAGGUAUUGAUUCUUCUGAAGAAUGGGAGCCUCUCAGGCGCUCAAAACUAAAGAGGAACUCAUCCUCCUCGCCUUCAUCGUCUUUACCACGCCGGAGAGGACGGCCACCUAAAAAUGCUUUGAAACCCUCCCCAGCAGCACCAGCAAUGGCCCACACGCCGAAAAAACCCCCAGCCAUCUCUUUACCUCGACGGAGAGGCAGACCGCCUAAAGACAAAUCUAAAGCCAAACUCUUUCCCAAACCCAGCCCGUAUCCCGCGAUAGUGCCUAAACCCCCCCUUUAUGCCACGCUGAUCCCUAAUUCCUCCAUUAAAUUCGGCCCUCAUUCCACAUCCACCUUUACACUUAGCUCUAAUUUCACUCCUAUAACCCUUACCAAUGCCUCCUCCUCCAUUAAACUGAACCCUAAUUCUACACCCAUACUCAUCUCUAAUCCCGCUUCCACUUUUAAACUCAGCCCGAAUUCCACAGCUGCCUCCCAUCAAGCACCGAUAGCCACAUUCGUUUGUACACCAACAUCAACAGGGCUUCUGUUAGACGGUGACACCAACGAGAUCAAGGCAGUGAAGGAAGAGGAACCAUGGGAAGAGAAUGUGGAUGCUAUUGAAGAAUGGCCUAUUACAAAGAAAGAAAGCCUAGAGCGUUCAGAAUCACAGAAUGCGAAGAGGCAACGACUCUCAUCUCCGAUCCCUCAAUCCACAAAACCUCCACGGACAGACAGACCCUUGAAGCACAGUUCAGAAACUACGCCUAGUCCUCUGCCUGAACUUGCACCCAUAGCCACUUCUGAUCAUGUGCCCACCUCUCAACCCACUCCCACAACCAUCGAUGAACAAUUGACCGCUCUAUUCACAUCUGAUUACAACCCUAAUCCUGCACCCAUCAGGCCUUGGGCCGACAGCGACAUCAACAGUGACCUUGAUGGCGACAGCGACGAGAUCAGUGAUUCGGGGAGGGAAGAGGAACUGUGGGAAGAAGAUCUUGAUUCUGGUGACGAUUGGAACCCUCUUCUGGAAAGUCCGGAUCGUUCAAAAUCACCUGCAUCAGCUCAGUCUCCAAGAAUAGGCAACCCCCCUACACCCACAUCAUCAGGACCGAUAGACAAACUCUCUAUAUCCACAUCUGAACCUGCUUCUAAAGCCACGCCCACACCCACUUUUGAAGCCACCACUUAUCCCGCCCCUGAAGCCCCUCCCACGACCAACCAUAAUUCCACUCCCGCGCCCAUCCCUAGUCCAGCACCCACAUUACCACGAAAGAGAGGCCGGCCCCGAAAGCAUGCUUUAAAACCCAACCUUAUACUUAAACCAACCCCUGAUCCUGCUCCUACAACCCUCCCAAAUUCAUUACCAGCUGCUGAUUCCACUCCCGUAACCAUCUCCGAUCCCUCCGCUGAUCCCAUUCCAGCAUCAAGUUUGAAUCCCGCUCCCAAUCCCUCAAUCUCCAUCAAUUCUGAACCCAAUCCCGAACCUGCUUCCACAUCUGAAGCUAUGCCGCAACCUGCUUCGACCGAAGAGAAACCGAAGCUCGUCGCAACUCCUUAUUCACCAAGACAAACCAGAGGCAAGUCAUCAUCUGCCUUGGAUUUACCUUGGACGAAAGUUGACAGUAAGCCAGAUAAGUGGCUUGACAUCACCAAUGAGGAUGAGGAACCGCUACUACCGAAUUUCUCUCCCAAGCGACCUCCAGGUCCACAGCUCACGACGGACAGAACGUAUACACCCUUACAGUUGUUCCAACUCUUUUUACCCAACUCUGCAGUCAAGACAAUCGUCCGAAACACCAACAGCAAUGCCGAAAAGAGAGUGAAAGCUGGAAAGAAGUUCGUCUGGGUACCUCUAACCAUAGCCGAGUUCUACUCGUAUGUGGCGUUAGUUGUCUACAUGGGACUGGUGAAGGCGAAGUCAAUUGCAGACUACUGGGCGAGAAAACGAAUGUACAAUUUCUCGUACCCGCAAUCCAUCAUGUCCCGAGCAAGAUUUCAGGCCAUCUCCUGGAAUCUUCACCUCUGUGAUCCUCAAGAGGACGAGGAGAACAAUAAGAAGAAAGGCACCACGGGUUAUGACCGGCUGCUCAAAAUCAAGCCUCUGUACACAGACGUUCUUUCAGCGUGUAGGAAACACUUUCACCCCAACAGAGAGAUUCUGGUAGACGAGAGAAUGGUUGCUACCAAAGCUAGGAUUGGACUCAAGAGAUAUAUGAAUGACAAACCAAUUAAAUGGGGCUACAAACUCUUCGUUCUUGCCGAUUCGUCCUGUGGGUACACCUGGAAUUUCUUCGUGUAUGAAGGAAAGACUUCAACGUCGUCGGGGAAAGGUGCCGGGUACGAUUCGGUAAUGAGACUACUGGAUCACAAGGUCCUCGGCAAGGGUUAUAUGUUAUACAUGGACAAUUUCUACACCAGCCCGACACUUUUCUUGGAUUUAUUGCAGAACGGCAUCCUCGCUUGUGGCACGUUGCGCCAUGUCUCCAGUUUACCGAAGGUCAGCGAUCUGAGCGGAAGAUCUGAAUUAGGAUCCAUCCGUUGGUGUCGACAAGGUCCUCUUCUGUUUGUCAAAUGGAUGGAUGCGAGAGAAGUCCUCAUGUGUUCCUCGAUUCACAAGGCAUUCAAGGGGGAUACAGUCACCAGGAACGCCAAGGGUUCCGAUGGGGUUUGGAGAACACGUCUAAUUCCUGUUCCAUCCGCUGUGAAGGACUACAGCAAAUACAUGGGAGGCGUUGAUCUUUCGGAUUCCCUCAUAGAGCAUUAUAACGUCCUCCACAAAACCACAAAAUGGUACAAGACCUUCUUCUUUCAUUUUCUUGACAUCGCAGUAGUCAACAGUUUCAUCCUUCACCAAGAACUGGCCAAAGCUCAGAGCAAGGUUCCUCUCAACCAUAAAUUGUUUAGGGAAACUCUUGUUUCUGAACUUGCACGUGCCGGCAGAGGUAAGAAUCCCUUUGCUGCCAAAGAUCCCUCAACAUCCGCCACGCCGGUCUCCACAAGUAAGUCUGCACACGUGCCUUCAACCCCUACUGAAAUGAAUGAAACUCCGUCCGACACGGAGUCGUCUCCCCCAGCCUCACCUGCCCAGACGGAGCGAUGCUAUCCGGAGUAUUUCGGUUCUGAUGCUACGCAUGGGAGGCGAGUUUGUGUGAUGUGCAAACUGCAAGGAAAUAAAGUCAAGACUCCCAUAUACUGCUCCCACUGCAAGGUGGCGUUGUGCUUCGUGUCAUCACGUAACUGCUUCAAGAAAUGGCACAUGGAUCAUCACCUGGAAGAUUUGUAGAUAUGUUGCAUGUUUUGUUUUUUUGAGGCCUUUUAUGACCAUUUUUCAUUUUGUAUGAACUUGUUAUCUGUAUAGUUACGACUCUAUUAAAUACAACUACAACUGAUAUAGUCUCGUGUUUUCUGUUCGCUUCUUGGUGUACAUUUUUAUCAGGUGCCUUUCAAAUAAAAUCAAAUAAGGGCACUGCCAUAGGCGGAGCAUGUGU